AUGGCGGCACAGUCGGCAUUUGGCCUUGUUGAGGGGCUCCCUCUACGACUUAGGAAUUUUUUCGCCCGUUAUCCACCACAAUUCUACUCCUCACAAGCUAUACCGAAAUCCCUACCACAGCAAGAAUCGUCAGCGGGCGACUCCGAGUCCUCCGCGGCCCUAAAACCUGCUCCAAGUCCUUUUGCUUCACGGAACAUGAAAGUCAAGUUGUCAAAGACCAAAGAUGCCAACUCCUUUUCAUACACAGACUCCUUACUCCGAUCUCAUCCCAAUGGGCUAUACCCUAACCCAUUUCUUCCCUAUAAAAACCCGGAAACCGGUCGGUGGCGAGGAGCCGUUAUAUCACUACGUCGACAAGCAGAAUUGGUUAAAUUGGGUAUCAAAUACGGCGUGGAAGAGCUAUUGCCCCCAGGACGGAAAUCAACCGAAUAUAAACAGGCAAGGCUUAUUGAGAAGGGUCUCAGGGUCAAGGGUACCGGUAUUGGCCAGAAGGUCAAGGGCCACAAGUGGGAGAGAGCGAUGAGAGGAAAAUUGGAAGACAGGAAGAAGGCUAUGUUGGAGAUGCCGGAAAUGAUCCGGUUGUGGAAACAGCGUGGUCAUGGUCGUGGCUGGAAGAAGUAUCCCCGGGCAUAA